AUGCCCGGCAUGUUGUCGCAAGCGUCGAUAUCGCUACAGUUUCUCCUUCUCGUAGCGUCACUGCCGUCCAGCACGCCCACCUGCUUCCUCCCCAACGGCACCGCGCACCAGGACGAAGGAACAUCGCGCUGUUCUUCCAUAUCCUCCUCCCCGCUCUACAACACAUGCUGCCAAACGCAAUGGCCGAACCCACCGGGCGGCGAUGUUAUAAACGGCCCUACAGCGGAUGAAUGCAUGCCGAACGGGCUGUGUCAGAACAGAGGCUUUAGCAGCGCACCUGGACAAGAAGCAGAGCCGUGGACACAUUUCUACCGUGUUUACUGUGCGAAUGCGAACUGGGAGGGUUGCUUGGAUGUUUGCAGAGAUGGGAACCUAGCAGACUCCGUCUCACAAUUGACGCCUUGCGACGGAACAGCCAAAUCAGAGUACUGGUGUUGUGGAGACAGCAACGCGUGCUGUUCGGCCUCCGCUGAUGCGCUGGUCUCGAAAAGAAUCAGGAUUCCAAAGGAACUCGGAGGCGAGCAAGUGGCUUCUGCGAGUGCGGAGGUGGCAUCGCCAAGUGCGAGUCCGGCUUCCUCAAGCGCAGGCGCAGGUGCAGCAUCCUCGAGCGCGAACCCGACAUCUUCGACUGGAGCACCGGCAGCGACGGGGACGAGUGAGGAACCCACGCCGUCGUCUGACGCAGCGAACCUGUCCGGCCAGAACGAGGAGAAGAAAGAUGAAGGCAAAUCGAACUCGGGACGCAAUAUCGGUAUCGGCGUGGGUGUUGGUGCUGGUGUGGGAGCUCUGCUGGGUGUUGCAGCAGUCUUCCUAUUGCGAAGAAGGAAGAGGCAUCAGAAGACCCAGGAGAUCGAAAACGAGAUUGCGGUAGAGAGGCAAAAGCAGGAUGUAGCCAAAGCGUACCAUGUAGCUGAGAUGCCGCAUCAGGAACCGGUGUACGAACUUCACGAUGGGAGCAGAGCGGAUCUGGAGUUGGAUGGGGCGAACAAAUCGCAGUCGGCGAUGUAUCGCUAA